AUGAAUUUGCGUAAAGUGUUAUGGUCACGCCUUAUUUUGGGUGUUUUAUCAGUUAUAUUUGUAAUAUUUUAUGUCACUCAGUACAAGGAAUAUCAUUCAAACUAUGCUCAUUUGUCUGACAAAUAUUCGAAAUUAAUGGUACAUUCAAGUGGAUUGGGUGCACAAUUGCAGUGAAUAGCUUCGGAUAUUGUGCAUAUGCAGUUGUUAGCUGAUUUAAAAGCAUAUUUGAUUGUAUUAAUGGAGCGGAACCAUCGAGCCGAAGAAUUAUUGAGUGAUAUGCGUAACAAAUACAAUCAAAUUUUGUUGGGUAAGCAAUUGCUAAUUCCGAGUGUUCCAAAGAAAAGAUUCCAAAAAUGCCUAAUACGGUGA